UUUCACGUGGACGUUAGACGCCCAGAAAUCUGGGGCAUCAUCAUGAAGACGCGCCUUAUUUUACAAAUAUCAUGGCUCUUGUUAUUAAUAGCCGCUUCUUCGAAGGGAACCUUUUUUCAAUAUCCGAAGAAAGCGCUGGCUGACUUUUUUCACUCAUUUAAGGACAAAAAAGAGGGCAAAAGAAUGCUCACCAAUGUUCAUCAUUUGCACUUGCAUUAUUAUCCGACUCCAGUGCAAGUGUUUGACACGAAACCUUUCCAAGCACCGGAUAAGACACACCUAGAUAAAUUACAUAGCGAGUCUCUGACUUCGAUGGGAUGGACUGAUCAAGAAUUUCCUAUUCCUGAUCCUAAGAUCAUUUUUCCCUCAAACAUUCAGGAUGGCUGGCCGAAUCCCCAUGAAAAUUCUCGGAAAAUGUGGAAUUGGGACAACGAGCUUUUUGAAACCAACCGGAUAUUGCCAGUGCCAUUUGAACAUCAACCAGUUUUGGUCCAAGUUCCUUUUCAUCAACAAAUCGUCUUUCAACAACCAGCGGCUAAGGAGGAAAAAAAGCUGAGCUUGCUGACAGCCUUCUUUCAGAAACUGCGUCGCAUAAAAGAUGCUCUCUUUCACGUGGAAAAGCCACAUGACGACUGCGAAGACAGGAAAAGCGAGGCAACGAUAACUAAUAAAGUCAAUGGUCACGUGAAUUCAAUACUGUACGUCAAUUCAAAGAUGGAUCGCAAGGUCUAGUUUCACAAAAAAGCGCCUUGUUAUGCAUUGCCACCUGUGAUAAAGUCCUGAUUUAACAUUAAAAGGACGAUUUUAAUUUUUCUUCAAUUUUCAAAAUAGAGUUUAAUUUUUAUUGGAUGAUUUCUCAGGAUUAAGUAAUUUUAAUAAUGAAUUUUUGGUAAACGGAGAGCGAUAAUUAAAAAGUCAAUCGCCUAAUUUCUUAAAUCAUGUUUAUUUGCUCAAAAAUUUGAAUACGCCUACCUACAAAAGGGAUUUGUUGUGGAUACAGUUGCCAAAGUCAGAACAAAAAUAUUUUUUCAUUAUCCUGAAUUAAUCAACCACUUAAAAUAAUAAUAGUAAUAGUUGAAAUUUCAAUCCAGAAAGAUUGUACUAUGAAAUCAGAAACAGGGAAAUCCAUGAAAAAAAUUAACGAAGUAGUUGAAUCCUUAACUGAAAAGAUGAAUUUCAACCAACUAGAUUAAUUUCCUGCCAAAAACACCAAUUAUUAACCAAAGAAAUGAGUUUUAAACUGAAAUCCGAAACAUUCAAACAAGAACAUAUAUCAGUUGAUAAUCAAAAUGAAAAAAUUUUCAAGUUGAAAUAAAAAAGAUUUCAAUUCAUCCAAAAAGACGAAGUUCCAACAAAAUAUUUGAAUUACCAUUCAAAAGAGAUUU